AUGGACGCCUUUGUUCAAACCAGAGGCCUUCUCUCUCUCCCCACCAACCCCAAAGCCAGGGCUGCGCUUUCCCGUCAUUUGAACCCUUCUCACGGCCUCAAGAACCGUUUUCUCUCUCUAAACCCCAAACCCUUCUCCGCCCCUUCCCUCUCCGCCGCCAAAUUCCAACCCCUCGGUGCAAAGCCCAAAAAUUUAUUCAUCUGCCGGGCCGAGGCCGCCGCCGCUGCCUCAGAUGGGCCGGCUCAGCCCGCCUUCGGAGAGGCUGAGGCCGAGAAACCCAAACUCUUGGGUAUUGAGAUUACCACCUUGAAGAAAAUCAUCCCUUUGGGUAUGAUGUUCUUUUGCAUCCUUUUUAAUUACACAAUUCUCAGAGACACCAAGGAUGUUCUUGUUGUCACUGCCAGAGGAAGCAGUGCGGAGAUUAUUCCGUUUCUCAAAACAUGGGUGAACCUUCCCAUGGCUGUUGGGUUCAUGUUGUUGUACACCAAAUUGACCAAUGUUUUGUCAAAGCAAGCUCUCUUCUAUUCCGUGAUUCUCCCCUUCAUUGCUUUUUUUGGGGCUUUCGGGUUUGUGCUAUACCCUCUCAGUAACUAUAUUCACCCCGAGGCGUUUGCGGAUAAGCUUCUCAACAUCCUCGGGCCGAGGUUCCUUGGUCCCCUUGCGAUCAUGAGAAUUUGGAGUUUCUGUUUGUUCUAUGUCAUGGCUGAGUUGUGGGGGAGUGUCGUCAUUUCUGUGCUCUUUUGGGGGUUUGCUAAUCAGAUAACUACUAUCGAGGAAGCAAAACGAUUCUACCCACUGUUUGGACUUGGUGCCAAUGUAGCCCUUAUUUUCUCUGGUAGAACUGUGAAAUACUUUUCUAAUCUAAGGCAGAAUUUGGGCCCUGGAGUUGAUGGUUGGGCUAUCUCUCUAAAAGCAAUGAUGAGUAUAGUUGUGGGUAUGGGGUUUGCAAUCUGUUUCCUGUACUGGUGGGUGAAUACCUAUGUUCCUCUUCCUACGCGUAGCAAGAAGAAGAAGGAGAAGCCCAAAAUGGGUACAAUGGAGAGUUUGAAGUUCUUGGUGUCUUCCAAGUACAUCAGAGAUCUUGCCACUUUAGUGGUUGCUUAUGGAAUCAGCAUCAAUCUUGUUGAGGUUACUUGGAAGUCUAAGCUCAAAGCACAAUUUCCUAGCCCCAAUGAGUACUCUUCUUUUAUGGGUGACUUCUCAACUGCAACUGGAAUUGCCACAUUCACAAUGAUGCUUGUUAGCCAAUUUAUAUUUGACAAAUAUGGAUGGGGAGUUGCUGCCACAAUCACCCCCACAGUCCUGCUUUUGACAGGAGUUGGUUUCUUUUCUCUCAUAUUGUUCGGUGGCCCGCUUGCACCUGCCCUUGCAAACUUUGGAAUGACUCCACUUCUAGCGGCUGUAUAUGUAGGUGCCUUGCAGAACAUAUUUAGCAAGAGUGCCAAGUACAGCUUGUUUGAUCCCUGCAAAGAAAUGGCCUACAUUCCUUUGGAUGAGGAUACCAAGGUUAAAGGAAAGGCAGCCAUUGAUGUUGUGUGCAACCCAUUGGGGAAGUCUGGAGGUGCCCUUAUUCAGCAAUUUAUGAUCUUAUCUUUUGGGUCACUAGCAAAUUCAACCCCAUACCUAGGAGGAGUGCUUCUGCUGAUUGUUUCAGCUUGGCUAGCAGCAGCAAAAUCGUUGGAUACCCAGUUUACUGCAUUGCGUAAAGAGGAAGAACUGGAGAAAGAGAUGGAAAGAGCAGCAGCUGUUAAGAUACCAGUGGUGGCUGAGAAUGAUGGUGGAAAUGGUUCUCUUGCAACUGGUUCACCCUUAAAUCCAGCCUCAGGUGACUCCUCAAGUAGUCCAUCUGAAGCCUCAUCUCCUCGCAAUAUUUGA